GUGAUCGUGGAGCAGAGAACGAAUUCCAUGUUUCGAGAAACCAUCGCGCAAGAAAGAAAACGAGAUAUAGAAAAAGAAAGACGAAUUAGAAGGACAUUGAACACGAUCAUACGGCUUACGUUACGUGUCAUGCGGAUAAAUUAUUAAGAAAGAGAGAGGGAGAGAGAGAGGAAAAAGAGAAAAAGAGUGAGAAAGAGAGAGAGAGAGAAAGAGAUAAAUAAAUUGGGAAAGAGAAAGAGAGAACACAGAUGUUGGGACAGGGUUGGAUUUUGACGCUCGUCAGCGUUGGAAUAACGGCGCUCGCUCCUGCGCCCUAUGGAACGAACGAAGAGUCCCUAAGAAGUGCAUUAAAUGCUGUUACGAGAAAGCAGAUAUCGUUGGAACCCGCCUCUCAAGAAUAUUACAAUGAUUUUCGUCCGCUCAAGUAUCAUAGAGACGAUGUCGAGAGAAUGUUCGAGAAGGAACGACAGGGCGAUCGAGUUUUGCCAGAAGGAGACGAGGAACUUGAAUUUUUACCAAAUGAGAACGGACAACUAGAAAUGGUGGGUGACGGAUUUCAAGGCGUAAACAACAAGUUGCUCGAGAAGUCAGUUAUCGAUUAUUUGGAGAACGCGCAGGAGCAGGAACGAAUACCAUCUCUCUUUCGAGAACGCGAACGAAAUUCCAAUCAUAAAAGGGGUAGCGUAACGGAAAAUACUAAUAUAGAUGGUCGAGAACUAGCGAAAUUGUUUUUGGAAGAAUUGCAAGACGAUUAUCCGUACGCUCAAACGGAAACCGAAGAAAAUUAUUUGGAUACACCAAUUUACGAGAAAUACAGGACCAAGCAAGAAAACAAAUUCUACGAGAACGAAGGUCCAAUGUCAUGGAGCGAGCUUUUCGAUAAAGGAGAUUUGUUGUCAGGCGAAAGAAGAAAAAAUAGCGAGGAAAAUGAUUUCUCGGAUAAGGAUACGGAACAGAGUGUCCUUUAUUUCUUACCAACUGAACGGAGGAACGUAAAUGCGAGAUAUCCUUUGGGCCGAGAGAUCGACAAAUAUCGGACUUUGGGGAAACGUUAUCCUGUAGCUAAAAGAAGCCCGAAAGAGUUUCAACAAGUAAAGAGACAAAUUAUGGAUCCAAAGGUCGCGCAAGAUCUAGGAGCAUUAUUCGGCACCACUCUGAAUACUCGUAAUUAUACACGUCCGCAUAAUCACGACCACGACCAUGACCAUGAGCACGAUCGCGACCAUGACCAUAAUCACGAUCACGACCACGACCACAAUUACGAUCACGGUCAUGAAAAUAUUCGGGUCAAUACGUCGGAAGCUCCAGAGGUAAUUCCUAUUUCCAAGGGUCAAAAGGAGAACGUCACGAAGAUCAAUACAUCAAAAGGGAAAGACAUCGAAGUGAAAAAGAAGAGUACCGAUUGGUCUCAAUAUUUUGGUAUCGAUCGUAGGAAGAAAAAGACUACUUUCUUGGCCAGGCCAGGUACGCAAGAUCAAGAUGACGAAUGGAUGUUACAACGAUACUAUGAGAACAUGGCCGAAAAUUUGAAACACCCCGAACGAGAAUCCGAGAGUGAGAACCACGAGAGGAAGGAGAAAAUUAAUCAGAUAUAUGCGAUGUUGAAUAAUGUCGGUAUGGAUUUGGAGAAGGCAAAAGAUCAGAUCAUGAACCGACUAGCGGCUGCAUAUUCAUUAGAAAAGAUGCGUAAGGCACUGAAUGAAUUUAGAAACAGCUUAGCUGCUCGUAAAGAAGCUCAAAAGGCUGCUUACGCCCGAAAUAAUUUGACACAAAACCUUCGUAAUGACGAGAGUAUUCAAAAAAACGAAAAAAAGCAGACUAGCUUCAAUAUAAACAUGAACGAUGCUUUGGACGAGAACAAGAACUGUCCGGAUGUUGAGGAGAUCGAACGACAAUGUAAGAUUGUCGACAAUUUAACUGGAGAUAACAGUCAGAUGCUAUACUUACCAUGCGUUAUGCUUCAAAUAUGUAAAGCUUGCAUACCAAAUGAAAUAGAUGAAUGUUUAAUGAAUUACGCGAUAGAAGUGCGUAAAGUUUGUAACAAUCAAAACGAGAAAGGAGCUCUUACGGAAAACGAAUUUUGUGUCACAACAGCCCUAAAUCUAAUGCAAUUGCAACCAAGUGUCGCUACCUCCUUACAAUGUCGUAUCAACAAGGAAUCCUGUCUACAUCGAUAUUAUUAUCGUUAUCGACAUCGUUAUCUCCGCCAUCCUCAACAUGUCAAUUAUCUUUCUCAUGAAAGUUACGAUUCCCCGAUAUCGCAACUAUCAGAACGAUAAGAGAUCAUUCGAAUAUCGAUCAGGCAAUCGUAUUGCAAAUACGUGGAUAAAUAAAUAGGCAGGUACAAUAAAAAUAAAAAAAGAAAAAAAGAAAAAAUAAUGUGUCCACUAUAAUUGCGUGCACUCGAAUUGAAACGCGAUCUAUAUGUUACCCUCUUUUAUUUUUAGUCAUCGUUCUUCGCGUAAAGACAUUAAGGAUUAAAAUAUUAUUCGAAAUAAGAAGCUUCUAUUAUUUCUUUCAGGAUCGCCAUUCACUUAAGUAAUAGAAAAGAUGUAAAAAAUUUUAAUCGUUAAAGUUGAUUCAAGAGCACAUCAACAUUUGUUAGCACGUAAUGAUUUCUAUCCUGUUCUGUUCGUAACAGAGCUUAUCUAACUAUGUGACUUUAUUUUAUAAAUAAGUACUAUAUUUUACAAUGUAAACAACGUACAUAUGUAUAUCGGUUUAAUAUCCGUUUACUUUUGUUUCUUUCGUUUUCUUUUUGUAUCGAGAGAUGCUACUCAUCUGGACAAUUAGGAUAUUCUUUCAUAUCAUUAUACUUAUUUUGAGUAAGCAAAAAAUCAUAUACGAAAGAUGAAGACAAUAAUUAAUGACUGAAAUUUAUGAAUAUUUUUAUCUGCUGAUCUUAUAUUAUUAUUUACACAACUACCAAUAAUUAAUUGUAGAAGAAUUCUUCCUUAGUACAUAAUGAUGAGCGUUGACAUAUUACAUAUUAAAAAUAUGAUCAAAGUCCGGAUGAGUGGCUCGAAUGAGAUCAGAAUUGAACAAUAUAAUGGUAAACGUACAAAGAUGUACUCAUUAAAUGCGGCAAUUAAUAUAAUUAAUAUGAAAUUCUUCCAAAAUGCACUAUUAUCAGCAAUACAAAUGGCAAGUACGAGAAAGAUGUGUCCGAAUUCUGUAUGUGAUUUCAACAUAUAUAUUUUUGUCUAUAUAUAUUUUAUGCAAGAAACCGAAAAAAAAGAAAAGAAAUCUAAGAUAUAAUCUGUAGUACAACAAUACAAAUCCUCUUGUCUCUCAAAUUCAUUAUCAAACUUUUAUCGAUAAAGAGCAUAACAAUAUACAUUAAUGUCUAUAUUGAAAAAUGUUUAAGAAUAAAUUAAAAGUAUCGAUUA